AUGCGUUUUUGUACCUCCACCAUCGCAUACCUCGCCUCUGCUCUCGCCCUAGCGGUUCUGCCCCAGGUAGUCCAUGCGGGCAUCACAGCCUUCAGUGGCAACACCUGCGACGGCGCCGCCGGACUGAACGUCCCCUGCGACGGCUCGUGCCACCAAUUCAACGGCCGCCACUCUUUCCGCGUCGAUGGAGGGUCGGGUGGUCAUUGUGUGACGAUGUUCGAAGACCCAAACUGCCCAGCCGGGGCGGAGGGCCGCAUGUUCACGUUCACGAACGAGAACGGCGGCUGUCAGAACGUGAACACGGGCACAGGCAUCCAGUCCUUCCUCUGCUCGUCGAACAACAUCUGCUUGGUUUGA